GGGCUUCACAAGGAAGCGCUGAAUAGGAGCCGGGUUGCUAUUCGUGCUUGGUUUUCGCUUGGCCCGAACUGUACUGAUGGGGCAUUUCUCUGCCAUGGUGACUCAUUCCAUUCUUCUUUAUGUCCUUGUCACCUGUCCCAAUUCCCUGGCACAAACUAGGUGCUCAGAGAAGACAUCUUUUGUCAUCCUGCGGUGAAGCAGGAAGCAGUUAAUGGGAGCCCCCCAGGUUUGGGGGAACCCUGGGUGUUGCUCACCUGCUGUGGCUUGAGGCACGUCCUUGUCUUAUGCCAACCGGGAUCUACCACAUGAAGACGGAUGUUUCGCAAAUGGCAAGACUUCACUCCUUUUUUAUGGCCGAAUAGUAUUCCAUUGCAUAGAUACACCAUGUCUUCUUUACCCGUUCAUCUGUUGAUGGAUACUAAGGCUGCCUCCAUAACUUAGCUACUGUAGAUAAUGCCACGCUGGGUAAUAUAUGGGACUGUUGAAUCGCUGUAUCAUAUGCCUGGAACCAACACAACGCUGUAUGCUAACUCUACUGGAAUUUAAACAAACAAACAAAAAAUAAGAAAAUGGCCCAAGUUCUCGCCAGCAAAAUCUCAGUAGAUUUUCAUUUUCUUGUGGCCUUUGGUGCCUACACUAAGGUAAUUGGGCAAUGUUCAGAACCGGAAUUGACUCCGAGAGAUUCUUUUUACAAAGAUGCUGUUGUAAACCCCCAAGUGGCAGUAAUUCUCCAAGCCCCCUGCCACAGAUACUGUCCCCCACCAAGAAAGCACCAUAAUGACCCUGCACAACAGGGCUGGAUAUGGAUGGACAUCAGGAGAACUCACUCGCACGGCUUUGUGUCCAGGGAAGUUUCUGGGUCUCGUUUAUGAGUUUGGGUAUUUGUCUUGAGUAGCCAUUCAUAGAACCACCAGGCUCAGAGUCUCCUCUUGGGAUUCAGUGGCAACACUCCAAACUCCGUGUUUGUCUCUUAUGCCUAAUACAUAUGUGGCCUUGCUUAGGGAGGGAUGUGUCUGAGGCUGUGUGUUUAGCAGGGGGAUCCACCAGCUAAGGAGAAAAUGAUCACAGGACAUGGGGACAGCCUGCCUUUCCAAGUCCUCUGCUUGAUGUGGCUCAGCUCAGCUCAGCAGUGUUGGGGCAGAUGGUGCCAUGUGCCUCCUCCCAGAUCACUGCUAAUUAAUUAUUGGCACAAUGAAUAAGUCUGUGCGUGUUGACUCUCGCAGGCUCAAUUUCCUCAUCUGGGAAACGGGAUCAAUGACACAUCCCAUAAGAUGUGUCGCAUCUGGCCCAGAGUAGAUGGUGACGGUGAAUGGUGAUGGAGAUGAGAGCAGUGAUGAUGAUGAUGGUGAUAGUGUUGGCGAUGAUGAUGCUGAUGGUGAUGAUGUUGAUGGAGACGGUGAUGAUGUUGUUGAUGGAGAUGGUGAUGGUGAUGUUGAUGGAGGUGAUAGUGGUGAUGAUGUUGAUGGAGGUGAUGGUGGUGAUGAUGGUGAUGAUGCUGUUGAUGGUGAUGAUGAUGUUGAUGGAGAUGUUGAUGUUGAUGGUGAUGAUGUUGAUGUUGAUGAUGAUGUUGAUGGAGAUGGAGAUGGUGAUGGUGAUGUUGAUGGAGGUGAUAGUGAUGUGAUGUUGAUGAAGGUGAUGGUGGUGAUGAUGGUGAUGAUGGUGAUGAUGAUGUUGAUGGAGAUGGUGAUGUUGAUGGUGAUGGAGAUGGUGAUGGUGAUGGUGAUGAUGAUGUUGAUGGUGAUGAUGUUGAUGUUGAUGAUGUUGAUGGAGACGGUGAUGGUGAUGUUGAUGGAGGUGAUAGUGGUGAUGAUGUUGAUGGAGAUGGUGGUGGUGAUGAUGGUGAUGUUGAUGGUGAUGGUGAUGAUGAUGUUGAUGGUGAUGGUGAUGUUGUUGAUGAUGAUGAUGUUGAUGGAAAUGGUGAUGUUGAUCGAGAUGGUGAUGUUGAUGGUGAUGAUGUUGAUGUUGAUGAUGAUAUUGAUGGAGAUGGUGAUGGUGAUGUUGAUGGAGGUGAUGGUGGUAAUGAUGGUGAUGGUGAUGAUGAUGGUGAUAUGAUGAUGGUAAUGAUAUGAUAAUGACAAAGAUAUAAUGGUGAUGCCACUGCUGUUGAUAUGAUGGUGAUGAAGAUAUGAUGAUGGUGAUGGUGAAAGUGAUGAUGAAGAUAUGACGAUGAUGAUGGAGAUGAUAUUGAUGGUGGUGGUGAUGGUGAUGGUGAUGGUGGUGGUGGUGGUGAUGGUGAUUAUGAAGAUGGCAGCUUUUCCCAUAGAGAGGACUUGCUAUAUGCCAGGCAUAGUUUAAACACUUCAUAUAUGUUGGCCUUCUUAAUCUUUUAAGCAAGCCGGGAGCUAGAUGCUGUCAUUCUCCCUACUUUACAGAUCAGGAAACUGAGGCAUGGUGGAAAGGUGACUCACUGAAAGAUACACAGCUAGCCGCUGCCCUGAUGGCCUUGAAGCUCAUCCAGUGUUAGUUAUGCAAGACUAUGUCCCCCCGCCCAAUGCUCCCUGACCUGUGGCAGGAAAAAGGGUGCAAACAACACACGCUGCUUAUUCUGGAAAGUAAUUACUUCGAAUUAAACUAUUGUAUACUUUCUAAAAAUUUCUCCUUUCAUGUUGUUUCCAUGGAGAGUCAGACAGAGGCAGGCCAGCCCAUCCUGGGCACUGAUUCCCACUGGCCGGAGCGGCCGCUCUGUAAUAUCAACAUCCAUGGGCCUCUGGGUCAUCCAUUGUUGACCUGCAGAGGUCAGUGAGCUCAGAUCCACGGGCGCAGGUGCGUUCGGGUGAGAGGGAGAGAAACAAGCCCAGGUGGUCUUGACUAUGCCGAAAGUUCUUUUCUUGCUUGCCUUGGCAGGCACACGUACUAAAAUUGGAAUGCUAUAGAAAGUUCUCUUCAUCCCCACUCCCAGAGGGAAAGCAUUUUGCAUGCCUCACAGGUGACGAGAGCCGCGAUAGCGAGUGGCUGAAGCUACUGCAAGCUGAGGGCUUAUUAUUAAUACCAUGGGGAGAGCUGGGGCGGGAUUUUCAUCUGUCCUUAUUACUGUUUGGGGAGCCUCCCUCUCCCCCCCCCCACACUUAGGAAAAAAAGCCCAAACAACAAUAAUACUUCCUGAGUCUCAGAUUCAAGUAACCUCUGCCUUUACAAAAUGCCCAGCUGUCUGAUUCCUGCCAGUUAGAACAUUCCAGAGUCAGACCCUCCUCCCCCGGCCCCCCACGUGAGCCGGGACUUGCCACCAGCCCGGCUGCAGGUGCUACCUGCACGGGCCUCUCUCUUCCCGUCAUGGGGGAACAAUAGCUUCCAGCCCCGCACCGCCCCUCCCCACUCCUGUGGCCCCACCAAGCCACUCCACGUGUCUGAGCCUCAGUUCCCUCCCAGGUCCGACGGGAGGCCGGAGCUGCCUCGGGGACUGUGCGUGCAACCGUGAGGUUGCACAGGGUGUGUGGAGUGGCUGACCCUGCCGGGUGCACAGGACAUCUCCAAAUUAGGCACACCCCGGCCCCUGGUCUCCGAUCUAGGGCAGGAAGUGGCCUCAGAGAUCGCACAGUACACAGCUUUCGUUUACAUGUUGAAGCACAGAGCCUCCCCACUCAGUGCUCCUGGCUCUGACCCCGCGCUCUGCUGGUGACUCUUCUCUUUUGCCACCAGUGGGCCUGACAGGGCUCUGCCAUCAGAAUAGCACUUCCUAUUUACUCUGGAUGAAGAAGCCGAGGCUCAGAGAGGUUGAGGCACUCCCCCCGAGAUCGCACAGCUGGUGGACCAGCCUCCUUUCUCCCAAAGGCACCAGGGCCUUGCGUCUGCCUGGAAACCUCCCACCUUAGACUCUUUCUUGAUGUGUCCCAACCACCUAUCCCAGAGCCUGGAGCAUCGCAGAGCCCUAGAAAAUAUGCAGUGCGUG